AUCGUUUCGUGCCUCUGAUAAUUAUUCAAACAAAAUUAACAAUAAAACCCAAAAUGAGUACUGAACGAGCUCCAGAAGCAGCAGAAACUGAUAUGAAAAAUUCACCAGAAGCCACGCUGAAGCCGUCUUCGAAGCCCCCCGUCGAUGAACAGCCUUUUUCCAUGUUCUCUGGAAGAGCCAUGAGGCAGAUCGGGGCACCCAUGUCUUCAAGCCCCCCUGUCAAUGAAGCAAAAUUUUCCACGUUCUCCGAAAAACCUAAGAAGGACACCUGGCAGACAUGUUGCAAGCUGUUACCGAAGGAUUACAAGCCAACUUCCUCCGUCCCCAAACUCGGCCAAGGUUCCAGUUUCACCAAGAGACCCUUGGCAAAGGAGAUGCUACCGAACGGUCCCAUGAAAAUUUUUGAUGCGGAAGGGAGAGCCCUCAGACCGAUUUUAGGAAGGGGAGAGAUGCUGCAGUGCAAGCAAGUUAAGAAUACAACUCCUUGGUGCCCCCACUGCCCCCACUGCUACAAUAAAAUGAAGAAGUUUCUAUAGAUGGGUACUAUCUAUUUGUAGUUUUUGUUCCGAUUUUAGGUUAACCUUAUUCUAGUUAAAAUCAUAAGAAAAAAAGAGACUUCUUUAGAAUACCUUUGUUUUAUUAGAAUGUAGUUUUCGUUCAGAUUUUUUUGUUUAUUCAAUUGAUUAUACUAUAGUUAGAGUUCUGAGUUCUGUUCAGUUGUAAUAAUAAAUAAAUGC